CAAGGCAUCUCAUCUAUGGAAGAGGCUGCCACAGGAUGUGGUGGCUGCUGCGGCUCGGAUGACAAACAGUACAUCUAUGGAGGCUGGGCCUGGGCAUGGUGGUGCAUCUCUGACACAAAGAGGAUUUCCCUAGAGAUAAUGACGUUACAGCCCAGGUGCGAGGACGUAGAGACGGCGGAGGGGGUAGCUUUAACUGUCACAGGUGUGGCCCAGGUGAAAAUCAUGACUGAGAAAGAACUCCUGGCUGUGGCCUGCGAGCAAUUUCUGGGGAAGAAUGUGCAAGAUAUUAAGAACGUGGUCCUUCAGACUCUGGAGGGGCAUCUCCGCUCCAUUUUAGGAACCUUGACUGUGGAGCAGAUCUACCAAGACAGGGACCAGUUUGCCAAGUUGGUGAGGGAGGUGGCAGCUCCGGACGUUGGGCGGAUGGGCAUUGAAAUCCUCAGCUUCACCAUCAAGGAUGUCUAUGACAAAGUCAACUACCUGAGCUCGCUGGGGAAGACCCAGACGGCGGUAGUCCAACGGGAUGCAGAUAUUGGCGUGGCUGAAGCAGAGCGGGACGCUGGCAUCCGGGAGGCAGAAUGCAAGAAAGAAAUGCUAGAUGUGAAGUUCAUGGCAGACACCAAAGUGGCCGAUUCAAGGCGUGCCUUCGAAAUGCAGAAAGCCGCCUUCAGCCAAGAGAUCAAUGUGAAGACAGCAGAGGCUCAGCUGGCUUAUGAGCUGCAGGGCGCCAAAGAGCAGCAGAAGAUCCGCCAAGAGGAGAUAGAGAUCGAGGUGGUGCAGCGUCGGAGGCAGAUCGAUGUGGAGGAGAAGGAGAUAAUCCGUAUGGAUAAGGAGCUGACAGCUACUGUCAAGUUGCCAGCAGAGGCGGAGGCACACCGCAUGCAGCAGAUUGCCGAGGGAGAAAAGGUGAAGCAGGUGCUGAUUGCUCGGGCCGAAGGAGAGAAGAUUCGCAAGAUCGGAGAGGCUGAGGCCUUGGUCAUUGAGGCCAUUGGCAAAGCAGAGGCCGAGAAAAUGAAGCUGAAGGCGGAGGCCUACCAGCAGUACGGGGAGGCUGCCAAAAUGGCCAUGGUGCUGGAUGCCCUGCCCCGGAUUGCUGCCAAGGUCUCUGCCCCUCUGUCCAAAGUGGAUGAAAUUGUGAUCCUCAGCGGGGAGAACAACAAAAUGACAUCUGAUGUGAACCGUCUCCUGGCGGAACUCCCUGCAUCUGUGCAUGCCCUCACUGGGGUUGACCUCUCCAAGAUCCCCCUCAUCCAGAAAGCCACCGGAGGCCAGGCCUGAGAGAAGACCACCGGCUGAUGAAGGGCACCCCUCGCCUCCCCACUGACUGCCUUGGACACUGGGAGCUCUUCUUUUAUCAGCGGAGACAGUGGGGUGGGGGUAAGGGAUGGGGCCUACAUUUGGGUGCCUUAUAUUCCUCUGUGGAUCAGAACAUGGCGGCUUGUGGCCGCUGGUCCUUGCAUUUCCAAGAGAGGUCUCCUCCUUUUGUAACUUCUGCUCUGUCGCUGUGCUAGCCAAACCCCUCUUGAUCUCUCUCUCUUUCUCUCUCGUCUGCGCUCUCUUGCAAAGUCUGUGCCUUGAAUGACCACUGUUACCACAUACACACACAACACCCCUCUCUCUGGUCACUACUAUUGGGUGGGUGGGUGGGUGGGUGU